AUGGAAAGCCUCCAGGUAUACCGUCUUAUUCUACCAGAACAUUUCCUCGAUCUUCGGUUUCAGCAACUAACAGCUCCUUCUCUGGUAGAUUUUCUCGGCGGAAUACGGUACAUUAGUCCCCCUCCGAUCGUGAGCAAAAAGAGUCAUAAAAAGAAACAAGUGGCUCAAGUCCCCGACGCAACAGAGAAGAAGAAGCGGAACCGCAUCACUUUUGAUGUCAUUCAAGUUGAAGAAAUGGAGAAAGUUUUUGCGGAAAACCAAUAUCCGGAUGCAUUAUGCAGAGAUGAGCUUGCUACCAGAAUUCAGUUACAUGAGGAGAGGGUCCAAGUGAGAUCAUUUCCCGAAAAGCAACAAAAUAGUAUCUUGUUUUCAGAUUUGGUUUCAAAAUCGGCGCGCCAAGUAUCGUCGAGAGCUGCGGCACACGUAUCAUCCGUAUGAGCCGCCGAAAGAAAUUGAGUAUCCGUUUUUGAAGAAGAAAUCGCCCACGGUAGCUUUCGAAAUCUCUACUGAACUUUUAUCUGAGGAUAGAAAAGCGCAAAAUUCUUCUGACCAAGGUAAUUGAAAACGAAAGUACAAAUGAUUCGAUUUAUUUUUUUUUUACACUUUCAGACGGGAAGAUCAAGAUCUCAAAUGAAAAAUUAGAGACGUCACCUGGAAGCAGAAACAGUUCAGAUGUUUCUUUGGAAUCUCUUGUUGACCUGAUUGACGAAAGUUCGGAUUCAAACGCAAUCCAAUUGGCUACCUCGUUGAACCUUUUUUUGAACGCAAACCAAAGUUCGGCUACUGAUUUGUCACUAAAAACCAUGAAAGAAAGUACAAUGGUCUCUGAUAAGGAGCAAGAUGCUUCCGAACAAUUGACUCCGGACAAAGCAAAUUUAUUGAUGUGGGCUUUGUCAUCUCUUUUCAAUGUUCGCGAUGAAUGA